GUCCACCUGCAGCUUUGUUCGUGAUAUGCAACUGUACAUGAGAAUGUCUGCAGCUAUUAUACCUAAUGAUGCUGCUCCUUAAGCAGAAACCGACGCUAUAGAUAUACUCCUAUUCAUAAACAAAUCAGUAUAUUUGCAUGGUACAUACAUCCUAUACGCAAUGGAGAAACUGUAAAGUCAACAGUGACACUCCGUGUUUCAAUAGCAUAUAAUGAAAGGUAAAGGAAAAGGCAUGCAGGAAUCAAAGGGAGAUUGCUGUCCUCUUCAAUUCCCAGACCUUCAGCCUGUUGACCAUACUAAAGACUGUCCAAAGCUUACUAAUGUUCUAGAAAGGAGUGAGGAGGAUGGGGUGAAUAUUGAUGAGAUAAGCAGUAUCCAGACUGACCUGGAAACGCUGCUGGCAGCUGCAGGCAAGAGGCUGAAGUUGUUGGAGAGUGAGAUUCAGAUCCUGGUCAAUUGGCAGGAUAAGAAAGACAAGAAGCCAACACCCCCCACAUCCGGCAAGAGAGGGAAGGGAGGAGGCGAGGACAAGCCCAGCAAGAAGUUCAAAGACAGUAAUGGGAAGAGUUCUAGUGUUACCCCACCCCCACCGAGCAGACCUAAGAGUAAAGUCACACAGUCCAAGAAUCAGGAAUUUGAUUUUGUGGACUCUCCAGUGGAUUUGCCCAAAUUGCCAAAGAACGAUGCUGUGAACCGCUUCUGGGUGUCAGUUGAGCCUUAUUGUGGGGAGAUCUCAAAUGAGGAUUUGAAAUUACUGGAGGAAAUACUAAAGUCACAUGAGGACGAGUCUGAGUACUACAAGAUCCCUGCCCUGGGGAAACACUACACUGAGAAGUGGGCAGAGGAGGACCUCAAGGAGGAGCAGAGAGAUGGUGCCAAGAUCAAUGACAAGAAGCGAAAUUCCAACUCCAAUCACAACAACUCUGUCAUGAGUCCCACUGAAACAGCUACAUUGCUCAAGAAGGCUGAAGCAAAUAACCUUGAUGAGUCCCCAUUCGGACACCUGACCCAGCGCCUGGUGGCUGCGCUGAUCGAGGAGAACAUCAUGACCCCUAUAGAUGACUCCCUAGCGGACAUUGCUGGGGGCAAAGAAUCUGCUGAGGAAGCACCUGCCAUCUCCCCACGCAUGCUGGCCAAACAGCUGAACAUUGUUAACCCAGCCCACUUAGAGAGAAGGAUUAAACGAGAGCUUGAAGAACAAGGUUUGAUAGAGAUAGAUGAUAAGGUGGAAGACAACCCAGACGAUGAGAUACUUGCAGAGCUGCGACGCAAGCAGCAAGAACUGAAGGCACUGAGCCAGCGAAAUGUAACAAUCACUAAAACACUGUACAAGCUUGCCAAGGAGGAGAUGGCGAGACAGGAGAUGAGGAAGAAGUUGGCAGCAGCUGAUGCAGAGGUGAUGGAAGCCUAUCGAAAGAUUCAGGCAGCUAAACAGAAGAAGAAAACACCAACAAAGAAGGAAAAAGAUGGAGCACAGAAAGCUUUGAAGGAGAGGGAUGCAAUACUGAAAGCCCUUGAAGUGUGAACAUGGACACAAUUUGACUCCUGUUAUUCAAUUUUGCAGGAAGUAUGAAGAAUGAUUCUGCUGAUUUCUGAUUUCAUCAUCACUGAUUCGUUUGACUGCCAUGAAUGAAUUUUACAUGAGGCAUGAAUGGGCUGCAUCAGGACUUGAUUGAGUCGGUGCCAAGUUGUUCGACAAGGAAGUAUUCUGGGGGUAAAUUACUCUCAGAGGACAUGUAUUGAGUCACAGUGAAAGCUGAGAACAGGAAACAAUCCUAUGUUAGUGUUGAUGUGUAUUAAUGUGUCGGUAACAUACUUUACAGCAGUACGUCCAGGUACAGCUUGUGAUGUGGUUGGUGGAUUAGUCAUUUUCAUUACUUACCAGUCUAUCUUGGCUCAUGAACAUGUUUGUGUGUGUACAAUGUCUUGUAUUAAUCAUGCUAGGUUCUACCACAAGGGGUGGAUGUUUAUAUGGGAUUAUUUGUGUUUGUAUGAUUGUAUGACUGGAAUAUGUACAUAAAUGGUGUAUCAUACA